UGAGGUAACGGCGGAGUAACGGUCGAGCUUGCGCUGCUUGGGUGGGGUAGCUGGCUCUCGUACAGGCGUUGAAUUCACCGACCAGACAACUGCAGUGGGCUCGUUUUAUUUUAUACUCGUUCCGGGGCGCCGCUGUCGGGCACUGUGCUCCGUACGCUUUCUGUCGGUGAAACACACACUGAGUAAUGCGCGACCAGCCAGCACCAUCCCUCGCACAUCCCAAAAGGAGGUUACUUGAUCAGCAUAUGAUAUUCUCCAGGCCAUCGCCUGGAGCAAACAGAGCUGCUCUGCCUACAUACAGAUAUCAGACUGAACCAAUAACAAUGCAUGGCCUGUAAGCAGCCAGUCAUGGCUCAUAGGAAGAGGCCGGGGACCAGCGGAGGAAACAGUAUGGCUGCUCCAGGCCCCGCCUCCGGUCCCACCCCUCAUCCUGCAGAGUCAUGUAAUCUAAAAGCCCUCCUCACUCGGCAACGCCCAGUCCGCUACCCCAAAGAGUCACAGGAUCCGAAACCCCUCCCUCGUUCCUGUAAGGCACAGUACUCUUCUCCCAAGUCUCAAGAUGUGAGUUGCAACCAUCCAGAAGUGGAUGUAGAUGCAGAGGUUGAAGUGAAGCGGUACAGCAACCCAGCAGAUGCAGAACUGGAGGAGCAGCGUCCAGCAACCCCAUCCACACCAGAACAUGAAAGUAACCAUGACCAAGAUCCCCAUGACCGGGCAGAGUUCCACGCUGGAGCUGACAGCCUGGAUGACGACUCCAGCUCUGACUACAUUAACAACACCUCAGAUGAAGAGGAAGACUAUGAUGAUGGGCUGGCAGAGGAGGAUGAAGGUGUGACUUACUACAUCCGGUACUGCCCAGAGGACGACAGCUACCUGGAAGGUAUGGAUUGCAGCAACCAGGGAGAAUGUAACCACAGCCACAGCCAGGCGGACUACGUCCCCGCCAUGCAGCCGGGUGACGCCCACACUGAUGAAUGUCAGGAGGCUGUUGAAGGGUGGGCCGAGGAGGGAAAGGUGGAGGGGGAGGUGAGAGAGGAAGAAUGGGUGGAAGAUGAGGAGGUAGAGGGGGCAGUCAGGGAAGAGUGGAGAGAAGAGGAGGAAGAGGUGAGGGAAGAGUGGAGAGAGGGAGAUGAAGAGGAGAGGGCGAAGUGGACAGAGGAGGGCCAGGUGAGGCAGGAGCAGUGGGUGGGACGAGAGAGGCACAGGGUGGAGGAGUGGGGUGAGGGAGAAGGGGAGGUUCGCUGUGAAGUCGUGGAGCAAGAUCCAGACGAACAGAUAUACAAUGGAAGACCAGAACCCAUCCUGGACCAUCAACAUCACCAUCUCCACCACCAACCCUCCAUGCAAGACACCCUGCACACCAGAGAGGAGGAGGAGGCAGAGAGUGAGGAGUACUGCCCUAAUGAGGAAGAAGAUGAGGAAGGUGACGAGGAGGAGCGACAUGGAAGGGCCUACACUGGAGACUACUAUGCCCCAGAGGACAAUGGGAACUCAGUGCAAGUCUCUCCAUACCGUAGUCGCAAGGUGCUGGUGGUAGAGGGUGAGACGGGGGAGGAGGCGGAGGAGGACAUUGACCAAAUUGUUGCAGAGAUCAAGAUGAGUAUGAGCAUGGGAAGCCUAAGCAGUGGCACUGACCAAAGCCCAGAGGAGCUGGUGCACGACCCCGCACCCAGUGACUAUCCUCACCCGAAGCCUGACACAGCCCCCAACCCACCUGCUCACCAUCGCCACGACAGCAGGCCCAAGUCCCUGAACCUGCCCUCCAUGCACCACAACAACCCUGAUCUCCAGAGGGGUAUCAAGGCACAUGCACGCUCCCCUGAAGACAGGCAGAGAUGGCCACCGGAGCAGGUGAGCAAUGGUGCAGAGCAACCCAGAAAACAGCAGCGCUCCGACCUGAACGUUCCCCUGGAGAACAACAAUGUACCAGAGCCAACGAAGAAGGUUGCAUCGUUUCCCAGUUUUGUCGAUGUUCCAGGACCCUGCGAACCAGAAGACCUGAUUGAUGGAAUUAUCUUUGCUGCUAACUACCUGGGCUCCACUCAGCUGCUAUCUGAGAGGAACCCCUCCAAGAACAUACGCAUGAUGCAGGCCCAGGAAGCUGUCAGCAGGGUCAAGAGGGUACAGAAGGCUGCCAAAAUCAAGAAAAAAAAGGCGAGUGCAGACGGAGAUGCUCAAACCCUCACUGAGGUUGAUCUGUUCAUCUCCACCCAGAGGAUCAAAGUCCUAAACGCAGACUCACAGGAAACGAUGAUGGACAACGCGCUCCGUACCAUAUCCUACAUUGCUGAUAUUGGGAACAUUGUGGUCCUGAUGGCGAGACGCCGGAUGCCACGCACAGCUUCCCAGGACUGUAUUGAAACUACGCCUGGGGCACCCGAGGGAAAGAAGCAGUACAAGAUGAUAUGCCAUGUCUUUGAGUCAGAAGAUGCCCAGCUUAUCGCUCAGUCCAUUGGCCAGGCAUUCAGCGUAGCUUACCAGGAGUUCCUGAGAGCCAAUGGCAUUAACCCCGAGGACCUGAGUCAGAAGGAGUACAGCGACAUCAUCAACACCCAGGAGAUGUACAAUGACGACCUCAUUCACUUCUCCAACUCUGAAAACUGCAAAGAGCUGCAGCUGGAAAAGAGUAAAGGGGAGAUCCUGGGUGUGGUGAUUGUGGAGUCCGGCUGGGGCUCCAUUCUGCCCACAGUUAUCUUAGCCAACAUGAUGAACGGCGGGCCAGCGGCUCGCUCUAGCAAGCUCAGCAUUGGAGAUCAGAUCAUGUCCAUCAACAACACCAGCCUAGUGGGGCUGCCACUCGCCACCUGUCAGGGAAUCAUUAAGGGCUUGAAGAACCAGGUUCAGGUGAAAAUGAACAUAGUCAGUUGCCCUCCUGUUACCACCGUCCUCAUUAAGAGACCAGAUCUAAAGUAUCAGCUGGGCUUCAGUGUCCAGAACGGCAUUAUAUGCAGUCUGAUGCGAGGAGGCAUUGCUGAGCGCGGUGGGGUCCGUGUGGGUCACAGGAUCAUCGAGAUUAAUGGGCAGAGUGUGGUGGCCACAGCACAUGAGAAGAUUGUCCAGGCCCUCUCAAACUCUGUUGGCGAGAUUCACAUGAAGACCAUGCCGGCAGCCAUGUUCAGACUUCUAACAGGACAGGAGACACCUAUGUACAUAUAAACGAUUGGACAGGGACCGUUCCACAGGACAGGCCGUCAGCUGUGAUUGGUUAUCUUACGGGACAAACCAAGCAAGUGACCGGGGGGAGGAUUGCUUCUCCUUGUCAAUUCAUUUCUCUUUUCUUUUUUCUUUUUUUUUCUUUGAGCUGAUGACUUUAUCAUCUCUUCCUUGUCUGUGCUUAACUUGCAACAGCCAUUUAAUUGACAUGAGAUGCUUUUUCCAUCUGACCAGCUAAAGGGUGUGUGUGUGUGUGUGUGUGUGUGUGUGUGUGUUUGUUAUUUAUUUGUCCUGUCUGUGCUUUUCCAUGUCACUUUAGUGAGAUUGUGUGGACAGACGAGCGAAUUUGUCACAAUUUAUUUUUUUAUAUUCAUGUAAUGCAAUAUGAUACUUCUACUAUACUUCUUGUAUAGUUUCAGUUUCUUCUGUUUAUUUAUUUCUCAUGUAAAUACAUAUUUUACUAAUAUGAAGUGAAGGCGAUGGAUGGAUGGAGGGAGGGGCCACAGCUGCAUUGUAAAUAUUUAUUGAAUCUCGCUGUUGAAUUGAAAUGGUCCAUGAUGAUGGCGAAGACACGAUUAAAUGCCGGAUAUCAAAGUAGUUGCCGGUGAAAAGGGGAAUGAGUUGAGCGUUUGAGAUGUUGGGUUUUAAUAUGCUAAGUUGAUAUAAUGUACAUGUGAAGCAAACCAAUGCUCACAGCAGGGGUUCAUGGGAGAAACGCCAUAUCCUUUUGAUUUCCUUGAUUUUACGGCAAUACACGAGUUCAACCUUCUGAAGUCUUUUCUAAAUCUCAUGUACAAACACUCACAUUAAAAUAACAAGCAACCGAGUAAAACU